GUCCUAUCCCUAUAAAUUCAAACUUCAACCAUAAAACAUAAAUGCGCACACUACUUUCUUUUUUGAAAACUUGCCGUUAGCUUGAUUUACCGUUGCAUUUUUCAUUGUUUUUUUAUAUAUGUGUUGAACACCAAAGGCUAAAAACCAUCCCUCCCAUCAAUGGAUCCCACUCACCUGAAUAAUUUCGAUCACUUUGAGUCCCAACCAUAUGAACUAAACUCAUCUUUUAUCUUUGUUCCAUACCACCAGUUUCUUUCUGAAUCAUCUCAAAUCCCUCCUCAUCAAUCCUCCAGUAGUGAUUUACAAUCUCCAACAUCACAAAAGAAGAACAAGGCUCAAGUCCAAACCGCAAGGAAACAAAAUUGGAGCAAGGAGGAAGAUGAAGCUCUUUGUAAGGCAUGGUUGCACGUCUCCGAAAAUGCGGCUAUUGGUACAGACCAAGCAAGAGCAAAGUUAUGGGACGGUGUCUGCGCCAAGUUUAAUAACAUAUUGGGUUAUGAGAAGGGAAGAAUUAGCAAGGGAUUGAUGCACCGUUGGGCGAUCAUUCAGCAACACGUUAACAAAUAUUCUAGUUGCGAACGAUCAAUCGAGAGGAAUCCAACUAGCGGCUGUAAUGCUGAACAAUCUAUUGAGGCUGCAAAAGAUUUGUAUUAUAGAACAAAUGGUCAUCAGUUUAAGUGGUAUGGGUGUUGGCUAAUUCUUAAAGAUACCUCAAAAUGGUUUCAUCACAUGCAAGAACAAGAACGCAGAAAGGAAAAAAUUGCACAGCGGAAGAAACGUGAAGGUACUCUUGAUGUUGAUGAAAUUGUAUGUCCCUCUAAUCCUUCUACUCUGGUAACACCAUCUUCGGUUGGUGCACCAAUUAGCCUUGAUGAUAACAUAUCACCACUCAAUGAUGGACCAAAUAAUUUACUAAGACCCACUGGUCGUAAAGAAGCAAAGAAUCCACGCCGAAUGAAGAAGGGCGAUCAGUCGGAAGGUUUUUAUCUUCUCAGAAUUCAGCAACAUGAGGAAGGAGCAGAAAGAACUUGUUCAACAAAAGAUUUUUAUGGCGGCUGAACGAGAACGAAUGAAAAUUCAAGCUAAAUUAGAGCAAGAGCGCAUGAAGACUGCAGCAAAACGUGAACAAGAUCAAAUUAAUUUUGAGAGAGAGAUCAUGUUGAAAGAUCCAAGCAUGGUCACCACAGAAGAGGGGAGAGCUUGGGUAAUUGCACAACAAAAGGCUAUUUGGGCUCGUGUGAAUCGAGGAGGCGGCAUUGGAGAUGGCUCAAGUGGCAAUGUUUAAUCUACACUACCUUUUGUUUAGGAAGAGGCUUUAAUCUGCACUAUCAAAACUUAGAUUUCAUGGGUCAUUAUAUUUUGUUGAGGUCAAACGUUGAAAAA